AUGAAUGCCAAAAAGAUUACGGAGUCGUCCCUCUCCGUCGUGAUGACUGGGUCGACCGACCUCGGUGAACUCGACACCCCCCUCAGCGACAACGAGCGCUUGGCGAAUAAAUUAUCAUUGACUACGCUUGGUCGGUACAUCCAAUACCAGGCAGAUCAGCAGAACUCAACUUUCAACGCAUCCAACGCUAUAGAAGUUGGUGGCGAGGCCAGUCACUCCACCGUUCUGACCGCGACUACCGAUGAAUAUUGUAUCAAACGAAAUUUCGUCCACAGCCCAUUCAGCAUGCCGACGUAUGAUAUCGACCGAGCAUCGGGGUGGUGUGACACACAGUUGCCUUCCGAUGUCAAACAUGACACAGCUGCCCACAAUGUGUUCAACCCCAUAGUCAAGACCUCCAGACGUAACCCCCGUUGUGGCGAAUACGCGAGCGACAGUCCUGUCGGCCCGUCGGUGUGCCCCACGGGCAUUACCUGGCUUCCCCUCCUCGAAUUCUCUUCAUCUGGAUCACAACCUACGCCAAGUACGAGGGACUGGGAGUUUAUUCCAUGGAAGCCACAGAGGAAUACACGUCGUUCUCGAGGCCGGAAUCGGAAAGGUUAUCCGGGGCAAUUCAAAGAGAUGCCGACUGAUAUCGGGGUGGGGUUCGGUCCCAAGAGAAGUAAACAAGAGAAAUAUCUCAAAUGCGGCUUUCCGACGAAGAUCGAAACUGUACUCAACACUGCGACGGUCUCGAAGGUUGAGGAAGGUCGUGACUCCUUGUCUCAGCACAGGAGACGCUCUGCGGGGUUCCCAGACCCUAACAAGGAAGCGUAUGGAAGGAGCAGAAAUGUGGGCGAGGAUAGCGUAUUCUCGUCCACGGCUGACUGCACGAUACCAGCCACUUCUUGCCAGGGUUCUGCUUCAUCCUCACAAGAGCGCGUCUGGUAG